AUGCUCUCGCCACGAAAUCACGAUAAAGAUCACCCCCACGGUUACGUGAACCCAGAAGUACCAUUGAACCUGGGCCUGUGGUUCUUAUAUGCUGGCGCUACUGCUUUCCUCGCGCUGCGCGUAUGGAUCAAGAUCACCAGGCGCCAUGGACUGUGGUGGGAUGACUGGAUCCUGCUGGUCACUUGGAUCAUCCUUUCAGUAAACAACAGCCUCAUCACACUUGAAUAUGCGACAGGCUAUGUUGUCGACAAGUGGGACGACCGCAUGCAAAUUCUUAUCAACGUAACUUCUUGCGGUACCCUUAUAGGGCAGGCCCUGAGUAAAACAGCUUUUGCUGUAACAUUAUUGAAACUCACCAAAGGCUGGCCUCAAUGGAUCCUCUGGUUCUGUAUCGUCACCAUGAACGCCUACAUGAUCACCAAGUGCAUUUUUCAGUGGGCGAGGAUUAUCGACAAGCCAAGCUACGACGUCUGGUACCGACUCAACUUCCAUUUGGAUUGGCAAUUUCGUGAGAAUUUCAAGGAAGGUGGUAAUGUGUACAACAUCAUCAUGGACUUCGUCAUGGCCACCUUCCCAUGGCUCAUUACUUGGAACCUGGACAUGCGCAAAGUCGAAAAGGUCGGUCUUUGCCUGACCAUGAGCCUGGGGAUGAUCGUCGCCAUCAUCGCCGCAAUCCGAACUGGCUGGAAAGAUGGCGGUAACCCAAAGGAUGAAUGGUACUUCUGGCGCAACGCACACUCAAACGUCUGGUACUCUUCCGAAAUCGUCGGCACUAUCAUCGUCCAAUGCAUACCAGUAUUGCGCCCGCUCAUCCGCGAUAUCCACACCUCCUUAACCUCAAAAAAACUCGCGUCGCACGCCGGGGACACCACUGCCCGCCGCAGCAAAAUGCCCGCGGGAUACAUGAACAACAACCACAACGCAAGAGCGUACUCCGAUGCGAAGGAGAAUACUGUCAACGAUGACUCGAUACCGGAUUCUUGGGAUAACCAGGGUAUAUACACGAAAAAGGACUUCGAGCUUACGACAGUGGAAGCCAAACGCAGUCCGCAGUCGAUGGUUUAG